AUGUCUGAUCCGGAGCCUUCUGUAGCAGCUUGUUCCUCGCCCCCGUCCACUGCUCAGGCUUCGGAGUCGGCCGCCGCCGCCGCUGCUGCUCUAAAUUAUGCUUUUCUGGUCCACUCGCAGAAAACCCUCACUCAGAACUUGCCCCCACGCGUCGAUAAUAAAUUGCUAGCGAGACAGAAGCGUCGUCGUACCAGUCCCGAAGACCAUGCUAUUCUCGAGGCAGAGUAUCAACAUAAUCCCAAGCCAGAUAAAGCUGCCCGUGGAGAUAUAGUCAAGCGUGUUUCAUUGGGCGAAAAGGAAGUGCAAAUCUGGUUCCAGAACCGUCGUCAGAACGACCGUCGAAAGUCGAAACCUCUUCAGCCUCAUGAACUCUUAGCCCCACGGUCGACAGCGGCCGACGCGUCGAAAAAUAGCUCUAGUGAUGACAAUUUAAAUGUGGAACCAGGAUCGUCGAGUGGGACAGACCAGUACGAGGACUCAGGCAAUGAGCAGAAUCCAACGGACCGGUCGCCCAACAUCGGCUCGUCUGAAAGGGACAUAGGGCAUGGGGACAAAGAUGAGAUCGAGCAGCUGAGGCCAAAUUCCCAAACUAUCGUGGAGUCAUCCGAAGCCCACGAGUAUAGCCAACAAGUCGUGGACGAGAUGGCACCGAAGCCAGAGUCAACGAUCCAAACACAGCAAAGCUUGGAAGCGGAGGAGUUGCCCCCAAAUUCUGCGAAGAGAAAGCGAUCCGUUUCCGAGCUUCGUGAGGGCCAACCAGUGGUACAACAACCUAUCACACCUAGUGGUGUAUCGGACGCGAGAUCGCCACCUUCUUUGCGCAUUUCUUUAUCAUUUGAUGGGGAGGCAAUGGUGCGGAAGGAAGGUGAACUGACCCCGUCACCUCCAAAGGGACGAAACGCACUUCGAAUUGCCAUGUCCUCUGAUGGAAAGGCUGUUAUUCGUGCCGAAGGUGAACCAUCCCCUUCUAAAAAUCGAAUCUCCAUGUUUUCAACCCGAAAGCCUCGGUUUCCAAGUCUUCGGAGGAGCAAUAGUGCAGUGGUCCUUGGAACGCCGCGAGGUUCUGCGGAGAGAGAGGGACUCUUCGGACGGUCUCGAGACCCUCGAAACUGGGAAUCAUUCUUCGACACCGAUGCCCGAAGUGCCCUAUCAACCCCAUCCAGCUCUCAAAGCGCUCCCAACUCCAAUUCCCCGGGGGAUUUCCGUCCCGGAGCACCGCGUUCAUUAACCCGAAGCGUAUCAGCCAGACACAGGAAUUCCAUGACCUCUAUCCAGUCUGAGUACCUCAACACACCUAUUCCUCAAACUUUACGAGAAAAGCGGCGAAAGAUUUCGCGCACAGUUUCCUCCCUGGGCCGCCUGGAAUCCAGCCAAAAUAUCGCAAGCAACAGAACGGCACUUGUUCCCGCUAUGAAUUCCAAGUUGGCCCCAUCCAACGCAAAGAAUGAUGAUCCAGAUCUGCAAUGUGGUGAUUCCGACAAAGAAAACUGGAUUCCAGGAACUCGUGUAUCUCAUAUCCGCCGCCGAGCAGCUUCCCAUCAUCAUUCUCAACGCCCCGUUCUGAGGGACUCGAAAGGGCGAGAUGGCAAGGCUAAUAAGGGUCUGCUUGCAGCUGGUAAACGCUCUCGACUGUCGCAGGCAUCACAGCGGAAAGCUAGCGGAGGCAACGGCAAAGCCGCUCCAGAAAUGGAUGCAGAUGUCUCUGCAUUCAUGGCCGGCGGGGGCAGUGCGAGUCAAGAAGAAGACCUUGAUUGUAUCCAAGGCUUGCUUUCACUAAGCCAGGGGGCAUGGCGGUAG